AUGUCUGAAUCUGGAUUAUCUUCAUUCAUUCAAAAGAAUAAAAUAGCCAUUUUGGCUACUUUAGGUGUUACUGCUUCUGCUUUAUCUGCUUAUUAUAUCUUACAAUCUCAAUCAAAUACAACUAGUCCAUCAACUGAAGAACCAAAAAAGACUAAAAAAAAAUCUAAAAAGAAGAGUGGUAAUGGUAAUAAAGAAAACAAGGAACAUAAGGAAACCACUGUUGCUAAAAUUUAUCCAAUUGAUUCAAAUGGUGAACCAAAAUUAACAAAAGAAUUGAUUGAUUCUCUAUCAUCAGAAGAUAAAGAUAAAUAUUCAUUAGCUUUAAAAGAAGAUGGUAAUGAAUUUUUUAAAAAUAAAGAUUUCACCAAGGCUAUAAAAUUUUAUUCAGCUGCUUUAGACUUGGUUAAAGAUCCUGUUUUCUAUUCAAAUAGAUCUGCUUGUUAUGUUGGUUUAGAAGAUUAUGAAAAAGUUGUUGAAGAUACAACAGCUGCCCUUGAGUUAAAACCUGAUUAUACUAAAUGUUUAUUGAGAAGAUCAAAUGCUUAUGAACAAUUGGAAAAAUAUGAAGAUUCAAUGUAUGAUUUAACUGCAUUAUCAUUAUUUGGUGGAUUUAAUAAUAAAUCUGUUGAAUCUGUUUUGGAUCGUGUUUUGAAGAAACAUUCCUUAAAGAUUGUUCAAUCAAAUAUUUCAAAACAUCAAAGUGAAUUACCUUCUGCUUCUUCAAUAAGUUCAUUUUUUGGUGCUUUUGAAAUUGAAUCUAAAAUUGAUGGUAUAAAUGAAGAUUUAGAUUCUUUGAAGAAAGAUUCUGGUGAUUAUUUCUUAAUUAAAGGUCUUGGUUCAUUAAACAAUAAAACUAGAGAAUCUUUUAUUAAUGCAGAUUCUGAAUUUUCUCAAGCUAUUAAUGCAUAUGAAUUAGAAUCUAAAAUCAACACCUCCCCAGAAUUCAAAAAUAAAUAUUCAAUCGCCCUUGAAUAUUCAGGUGCUUUUAAAUUUUUAAAAAAUGAACCAUUAAAUGCAAUCUUAGAUUUCCAAAAAUCUUUAGAAUUACAUCCAAGAUCAAGAACUUAUAUUUAUAAUGCAUUAAUUGCUGCUGAUAAACAAGAUUUCACCGCAGCUCAUGAUUCUUUCUCCAAGGCUAUUGAAUUAUCUCCAGAAUCUUCAGAAAUUUAUUAUCACCAAGGACAAAUGUAUUAUUUAACUGCUGAAUUAACCAAGGCAAAAGAAUGUUUUGAAAAAGCUAAACAAUUUAAUCCGGAAAAUGUUUAUUCUUAUAUUCAAUUAGCUUGUAUUGAAUAUAGGGAUGGAAACCAUUCAAAAGCUGAUGAAUUAUUCACCCAGGCUAAAAAACAUUUCCCAACAAAUCCUGAUAUCCCAAAUUAUUAUGGUGAAAUCUUGGCUGAUAAAGGUGAUUUAACAAAUGCUUUAAAACAAUUUGAAAUUUCAUUUAAAUUACAAGAAGCAUUACCACAAAUCACAAUUGGUGUUUUACCAUUAGUCAAUAAAGCUGCUAUUUUAGCCAAACAACCAACAGAAGAAAACUUAAAGGAAUCAAUUACAUUAUUAGAAAAAGCUGUUGAUUUAGAUCCAAAAAAUGAAUUAUCCAAGAUCACAUUGGCACAAUUAAAAUUACAAUCAAAUAAAGUUGAAGAAGCUAUUAAAUUAUUUGAAGAAUCAUCAUAUUUAGCAAGAUCUUUUGAUGAAAAAUUACAAGCUACAAGUUUUGCAGAAGCUUCCAAAAUUCAAUUAAGAUUAAAAAAUGAUCCUGUUUUGAGUAAAAAAUUGAAUGAAAUUGUUGCUCAAUAUGGUGCUCAAGAAUUGGCUCGUUAG